AUGUACUCCAAGAUUGCUGUCGUCGCUGCCCUCGUGGCCUCUACUCUGCAGGGCGCUGCCGCCUACACCCCCAGCAAGCCCACCUACCAGGUCUCUAGCUUGCCCAACCACUCCGAGUCCGGCCAGGUCGGCACCAACAAGUGCACCAAGUACGGCGCUUCUUCUCAGUCGUCGAUGUGCCAGAACGUCUUCAUCAACUCCAUCCACGACUUCUGUCUCUGGGCUCCUUCCUCUGGCAGCAAGACCAUUGGUGACGAAGAGGCCAAGGUCGUCUCCUACUGCAUGAAGAGCGGUUACGGUACCAGGCUCAUCCCCGAUGGCACCAUCAAGAGGGCUCACUUUGUCAAGACUGCCAACUUCCUCCAGGUCACUGGUUACGGAGACUUCACCAGCAUGCACGUACAGUCUGGUGACGAGGGAGGUGAGCUCGACCCUCACGGAGCUACCGGUGAAGGCAACCCCGUCGGUGGUCUCGUCUUUACUCGCUCUAACCCUUACAAGUCUGGCUGGACUCAACUCCACGAGUGGUCCAACUUCAUGAGCGCCACCGAGUUCUCUUUCCGAGCUUGCUUCGAUGUAGACUACGCUACCGAGUGGUGCCCUCACAUCUACGAUGUCAUGGGAUCUCAGUGGAACCACCCUGGAAACUACGGAAAGGGCUUCUCUCAGUGUGAUGCUGCAGACGGAGAGUGGCCAGGUGUCUACUCUGGCUCUACCUUCUACCAGGGUCAGGCCCACACUCCCGCUGCUCAGAAGGCCGGCAAGUCGUCGAACUGUGUCAGCCACGCCACCAUCUCUACUGGCAAGGCUAUCCACACUCCUUACAGGCGAAGCAUCCAGUCCUUUGACGACAUGGAGGACGACGAGUAA